AUUGCGAUAUCUGGCAACACUGGUCUUGCGCUCGUGGUGAGUUGUCUGGAUUUCGAGUUCCGAAAAGCACUCUCUGCCACUGUUCGUCGAUAAGUCUGCCGCUCUAGGUUCUAUCCUCCGAGUACCAGAAAGUACACUAGCGAAGUCCAAAAUGUUCGUGUCAACUGCUUCUCGUCUCGCCCCCAUCGCCCGGAGCGCGGUUCUCAAUGGAACGAAGAUGUACCUGAGACCAUUGAGCAGCGCUGUCAUCAGCCAGAGCCAGUCACUGGCGGCCCAAAACACAAAGCCAGUGGCCCUCUUACCUCAAGUCAGGUCAUUCCAGACCUCACCUGCAACCCGUGAUAUUGAUUCUGCCGCCAAGUUCAUCGGCGCUGGUGCUGCCACAGUCGGAGUCGCUGGAUCUGGUGCCGGUAUCGGAACAGUAUUCGGUUCUCUCAUCAUUGGUUAUGCCAGGAACCCAUCACUCAAACAGCAACUCUUCUCAUACGCUAUCCUGGGUUUCGCCCUGUCUGAGGCUAUGGGUCUCUUCUGUCUUAUGAUGGCCUUCCUGCUGCUCUUCGCUUUCUAAGCGACACACUGUGUGUUCACCAUCAGAAACAUAAGCACAGAUGCGGGGGAGAGAAAGGGGUGUAACAUCAAGGAUAUAAAUAAUGCCAUCAUAUGAGUUUUGGUGAGACAUUGAGAGAAGAAAAAAAAAACAGAAAAAAUCCAGUUUUGUCUCAAAGCAUUCAAGAGAACAUCCUGUGUGAGCAAGGGAAAGAUCCAUGGAAAAGUUAUGUUAGUUCUAAUGCUAUGUAUAACAUGUACUUUCAAAAUAUAUGUUAUAUGUAUCAGUAAUGACAGAUAUAUUUUUUGCUAAUUUAUCUAAAAGGUGUAAUGGGAAAUGAAAUAGGCGAAUUGGCAUGCAAGAUUCCGCAAAUAUUUAUUGCAAAACUCUUAUUGUUGACACGGAUAUUUUUCACGAAUCUUUCCCUCCGGCCCCGAGUAGGAAAUUUCAAAUGAAAGAAAAGUAGAUGAAAUCUGAAUUUAAAAAUUUCAAGAAUUAUUAUAUAAUACACACAUAAAUACUGUAGUUAAAAGCUAUAAAAUACGAGAAAAGUCAUCAUGAACUAAUUGAUAAACAGAAUUUUUUUGUGAGAUAUGUAAUUAUGUUGAUUUACUCAUCAUAAUUGAGAUUCACUAGAUACUAUAUGCCUCACAUUGCAAUCUCUUGCCAUUGAGAGAAUACAAAGAAUUGCGGAUUAAAUGAUCAGUGACUUGGAGAGAUUGCAAUUUGAGUCAAAAUUCUAACAAAUACUUGGAGGAUGUUGAACAUUUUUUCUUGAUUUUACUUAAAAAAGCAGCGUAUGAAUAUGAUUGAGCGACAAUUAUUGAGAGAUGUGUGGUGUGUUUAUGUCAAUUUUGGGAGGAAUUGCAUAAACAUGCUCAGCAAUUAGAACGAAAUAAAAAGUGAAAUUCCAGAAA